AUGUCACUUAAAUCAUCAUCCGCCGAUCAAAAUAUGUCUUCUCCAAGUUCCGAACCAUUCUCAUCGCGUUCCCUUGCACCACUUGAGCCUCAGCACCCCGCCAUACCACCUUACUUGACCGCUCAGCGGCGAGGUUCCAUCACCGAUCCAUCACUCCACAUGUCUGUUCCAAAUCCGGAACUGGCGAGGCAAUAUUCUCAACCUGAUGUCAACUUUCCUUCAAGUUCCGGAACGAUUUCAUCCGAACGUAGAGGUUCAUUUGUGACAGAUCCAUAUCCACCUUCACCCUCCUCUCGCUCUUCCUCAGUUAAGAGUGACCACUCUUUCACCCCUCUGGAGACGCGCAAACCGAGGGAUUCUUUGCCAUCCAUUAGCGCUGGUGCGAGUCCAAUCAGGGACGGCUUCCCGGGUCCGUUGAUUAAUCCCGCGUUUCAGGCUCAACUGCAGCCGCGACGACACUCGAUCGCCGUCGGUGAGGUUGUCGCACCUCUCAAACGAAAGGGUAACAUCGUUCCCAGCCAUCCCAUAGUUCCCGACGAUAAUUCGGUCAAACGAAGAGAAUUCGGUGGUGAUCCGAACAUACAACGACUGUCGUUGCACGAUCGUCGAAAUUCCUACUCGGCUCCCUCCAGUCCACCUGCGCCGCCACCCUCCUCCCACAUCUCAUCGAGUAGCUCGUCAAAACUCAACGUCCAAGAUGUGAACAACAGUUUACAAGCUCACGCCGAAUCAUGCCCAUAUAACGACGAUCAUCCGGUGACCAACAGUAUUUCGACUGGUCACCUUUCCGAACCAAACGUCUACCCACCCUUCAACAAUCCGCGAUUGUCGCAAAUUGUUCAAGAGGAGGUUAGCGCUCCAAUAUUGUCUCGACGUGCUUCCAUGCCUGUCAUGAACUUCCCAUCACGCUAUUCGGAUCCCGCUCAACAAGAUGGUGCCGUGCCGAUGGACGUUGAUCGUUAUCGUACCCAAGUUUACUCAAACCACCAUCACGCCUAUCACCCUUAUGCCUACGAUUAUCCGAAUUACAUUCAGUCGCAGACGCCCGUAAAAGAAACUCCUUACUCUCGUUCUCCCGAGUUAAGGAUAUCCCAUAAGCUGGCCGAGCGGAAGAGAAGAAAAGAGAUGAAGGAGCUCUUCGAUGAACUCAGGGAUUCACUACCGGUGGACAAGAGCCUGAAGACGAGCAAAUGGGAAAUAUUGAGCAAAGCCGUUGAGUUCAUUAAUAACCUGAAGCACAAUCAGGACGAAAUGACCAAAGAAGUCGAAUCGUUAAGACAACAGCUUGCCGCUUUUAAGGGGUGUAGUAGCAGUGAUACUGCCACGGCAUCGACGUCUUCGUGA